AUGUCAUAUAAAUCUGCAAUUGAAAAGUUGAAACUAAUUCCACAAUCCCAGAAGAAGUAUAAUAUAUUUUGUUACAUCAAUAAUGAUGCAACCAAAUCAUUAAAACAUAACUCCAGCCUAAGUCAUUUAAAAUAUAAACCCUUACAAAAUGUAAUAUGUGGGAUCAAAGACAAUAUCGUAACUAAAGAUAUGCCUACCACAUGUGCAUCUGAAAUAUUAUCUGGAUACGUGUCACCCUUCGAUGCAACAUGUGUGAAACUGUUGAGAGAUCAAGGGGUCACUAUAUCUGGAAAAACGAAUCUUGAUGAAUUUGGAAUGGGAUCUGGUGGAGUUCAUUCUAAAAUUGGACCAACUCUAAAUCCCUUAUAUGACGAUAUCCCGACAAUAGUAGGUGGCUCUUCAUCUGGGUCUGCAGCUGCGGUGGCAGCAAACAUAGUAGACUUUUCAUUAGGGACAGACACAGGCGGAUCAGUGAGAUUACCGGCUGCAUAUACGUCAAUAUUAGGUUUCAAGCCAUCAUAUGGUAGAAUAUCGAGGCACGGAGUAAUUGCAUAUGCACAAUCAUUUGAUACCGUAGGAAUACUUUCGAAAGACAUUCAAAUGAUCAAAAAAAUAUUUAAUAUACUGGAUAAACAUGAUUUUAAAGAUCCUACCUCAUUGGAUGAUGAUAAUAGACAGAAAUUAAUCGACUUAAAGCUACAUAACUCAGAAAUGCAAAGCCAUACAUACAGAAUUGGUUUACCUAUUGAAUUCAUCAAUAAAGCUACUCCGAAUAAUGUAAGUGAGUUAUUCAAUGGAUUUGUAGAAAGAUUAUUAUCAAUGGGUCAUGAAUUAGUUCCUCUUUCAAUUCCUUCUAUCAAAUAUUCUUUACCAAUUUAUUACACAUUAGUUCCUUCAGAAGCUGCAUCAAACCUUUCUCGUUAUGAUGGUAUACGAUUUGGAACCAGAGAUAAGGAUACCGAUAUUGAAGGAAAUACACUUUUUGCAUCAACUAGAAAUAAGUUUGGAACUUCUGUGAAGGAAAGAGUCAUACUAGGCAACUACAAUUUAUGCUCCGAUUCAUAUAAGAAUAAUUAUAUCAAAGCUCAAAAAAUGAGGGUUCAGUUAAUUGAUGAAUUUGAUUCAAUAUUUAAGCUUCCAAAUAUAUUAACACAAAAUGCUAAAAAUUUACAGUACAAAACUCAUGCAGUUGAUUUUAUCAUAGGAUUAACUUCGGCAAAGUUUCCUGAACCAAUACAUAAGUUCAAUAAGAAUAUCAUUAACACCAAUGAGGAAAGUAAUGAUGAUGAGGCUGCAUUAUUUGCUAAUGAAUUUAUGAACGAUAUUUAUACCAUACCUAUGUCAUUAUCGGGAUUGCCGACCAUAUCAAUACCUACCAAAGAUGGAGCACCUGUAGGUGUUCAAGUAGUUGGACAAUAUGGUGACGAUGAGCGACUUUUAACUUUCACAGAAAGCAUAUUAACUGAAAGUUGA